CUGCCGCUCGGCGAAACUGCAGCGAACUACCCGCUUCGUCUCCCUCCGCCGCUUUCGGGGCCUAAGCAGGAGCGGCUGGGACGGCGUCACUGGGUGGGCUGGGGCGGAAGUGGAGGCGGAGGGAGACGGCGGCGCCCACUGGGAUUUGGGCUCUCCCAGCGAGGCCCUGGUGGGCGCGAGGUAGGGGGAGGGGGAGGAGGAGGAGCCCGCGGCCCGGGCGGCGGCGCCCGACUUCCCCGUAGGGCCCCGCCUCGGAGCGGGCGCCUUGGAGGAGGAGACUGAGGAGCAGGAUGGCGGCCUCGGCCCUGUACGCCUGCACCAAGUGUACCCAGCGCUAUCCCUUCGAGGAGCUCUCCCAGGGCCAGCAGCUCUGCAAGGAAUGUCGGAUUGCGCAUCCUAUUGUAAAAUGUACUUACUGCAGAUCAGAAUUUCAACAAGAGAGCAAAACUAAUACAAUUUGUAAGAAGUGUGCUCAAAAUGUGAAGCAAUUUGGCACGCCUAAGCCUUGUCAGUACUGUAACAUAAUUGCAGCAUUUAUUGGUACAAAGUGUCAGCGAUGCACAAAUUCAGAAAAAAAAUAUGGACCACCUCAGACCUGUGAACAGUGCAAACAACAGUGUGCUUUUGAUCGGAAGGAGGAGGGAAGAAGAAAGGUUGAUGGAAAAUUAUUGUGCUGGCUCUGUACUUUAUCAUACAAGAGAGUUUUACAGAAAACAAAAGAACAGAGGAAGAGCUUGGGAUCUUCACAUUCAAAUUCAUCUUCUUCAUCUCUUACUGAGAAAGACCAGCAUCAUUCAAAACAUCAUCACCACCAUCAUCACCAUCACCAUCGUCACAGCAGUAGCCAUCACAAAAUCAGCAAUCUGAGUCCAGAACAAGAGCAGGGACUGUGGAAACAGAGCCAUAAAUCCACUGCAGCAAUUCAGAAUGAAACUCCAAAGAAAAAGCCCAAAUUGGAAUCUAAGCCAUCUAAUGGAGAUAGUAGCUCUAUAAAUCAGUCAGCAGAUAGUGGGGGAACAGACAAUUUUGUCCUUAUAAGUCAACUGAAAGAAGAAGUGAUGUCACUUAAACGUCUCUUACAGCAGAGAGACCAGACCAUUUUAGAAAAAGAUAAAAAGUUAACUGAACUAAAAGCAGACUUUCAGUACCAAGAGUCAAACUUGAGAACAAAGAUGAACAGUAUGGAAAAAGCUCACAAAGAAACUGUGGAACAACUUCAGGCCAAAAACAGAGAACUACUCAAACAGGUUGCAGCAUUGUCAAAGGGUAAAAAGUUUGACAAAAGUGGAAGCAUACUAACAUCCCCUUGAGAGAGUUACUGAUUUAGCAUUUCUGCUGAAAAUGUAAAUUUGAAAAAAAUUCUGUGAAGCCCUUAAAUUCUGUGUAGUGGAAAAAUAUUUUUGCACACCAAAUGAACUGGCGUGUUUCCUAUUCACUUUUGUAACUGACAUACAGCAUUUUUUAAGUUGUAAAACAUUCAAAUAAAACUUCAACGGGUUUGAAGUAACUUUUUAAUUAUAUGAUACCAGGAACUUUUUUGCCAGCAAUAGUAUUAAACAGUUGUAAAAGGAGUGCAUGAGUAGUGCUUUUUUAUAAAAUGCAACAUGCAAUAAUAGAAUAGGUAUGGUUUUAAGAAAUCAGAGCAGCAGGGUUUUUGUUUUAUUUUUGUUUUAUACCAUGCUAAUUUCAGAUAAACAGGUUUCAAUUUAGAAAUACAAAAAACUUUUAAACAAGGAAAAUGGUGAAUACUCGUUUUUUUGGUAAUUGUUUCACUUUGCAUCAACAUUAAUUUAGGAGGGAAUCAUGGUGCUUUUAUUAAAUGAGCUUCAGAGAAUAUGUAAAUAUAUUUUUAAAAUUUACAUCAUUAACAUUAGUUAGUAAACUGGUAUUUUCAUUAUUGCUAUAGGAAUUAAUGUUUAUUGUACAGUAUCCAAGGUAAAAUGUGUUUUGUUUUGUAAAAACUACUGUGGAUUUUUACUUACAAGUGCCUUUUUGCCACCUAAUGUUUUUAUUUAUAGGAAUGCUGAUCUUUUGUAUAUAGUUUGUUUUAAAAUCGUGUUUAAUAAAUGUAUAUAAAUGCAUAUGUACAGAAGCCUAUUUCAAAAGGAAAUCAAAGUUGCUAGUAAAAUGUUUGAGGUUGCAUUAAGAACUGAUGAUGCAUAUAGACUUUAGAUGAUUUUGUGGUUUGUUUCUGUGUGAUAAGGGAAAGCAGUUGGUCAUUGAAUUCAUUGAAUUAUGUCAAAAUACUCCCCCAUAGAUUUAAUUUUAAAUCAUUUCUUGAUAGAGUAAUUUUAUUUUUUAUGUGAUAUGGCUUCAUGUUCAUAUUUUGUAAGUUACAUGUUUUGCUUUAUUUUUUCUUUUAUAAAAUUUUUAAAAAUUUAUAAUUUUUCUGCAGUGGUCCAUAUACCUGCUUUCCUUAUAAUAUGUGGUUAUCUAAGUUAAUAUUUAUGUACACCAUAAUUAAUUUGUAAGUUUAAGGCAAAUCUGGAAAAAAAUUAAAUAACUAUUAAACCAA